UUAACAAAACAGCUGUAACUUAUUUUUAAUACUUUGUUGUUAUAAGAAACUUGACUUGCAUGUGACUUGUUUUCACUUUUCCGAAUGACAACUAUUUUUAAAAGAUUCAUUGAAAUAAAUGUGAAGAAGUAAAAUGUUAAACCAUAUGAAAUAAUCAAAUGAUUGAAGAGCAAUAAAGGAAAUACUGGAAGGACAUUUGUAUGUAAAUAAAUAUAUAAAAUGUGCGAGUCUCCGAAAAGCCUUCUCAAAAUUUGCAUAGAUUUUAUUUGUAAUAAUGUAUUGGAUUUGUGCGAAGUGCAUGUUGAUGAUGCAGGAGAACAUUCUCCAAGUUCAUUGAAUCCAACAACUUGUGAUCAGCAAGUUAAUUUUUCAAUGAACAGUAAUAAUAUAGAUAUUUUGGGUGAAACAAUAGCUAGGGCGUCUAAUGAUGGAUCGUCGAGCUCAGCUAGAAGGCUUAGUUUUAAAUAUCCCGAUGUUUUUUUACCGGCUGAAAUUUCAGAACAAUUAUUGUCCAAUCUUUGUGAAAAUCAAAUUUUAUCCGAUUUAACUAUUACACUUUUUGAUUCAAAGUCCACUAGAUUAAGACAUGUACAGUUAAAAGAUGCAUCUACAUUAUCAGCAAAAGGCUUGAAAGUUUUAAAGCAACAUAAAGUAGUAAAUUUAGUGGUAAAUGGAUUAAAAAUAACUGUUAACGAUUUGAUAAAUUGUUUGGGUGACUGGAGUAUACAAAAUCUUAGAUCAUUAAGCGUGGCAAAAGGAAGUUUCAUGGAUUGUUCACGGUAUUGUGUGGUAGUAACAUUAAGCAAAUUGAGAGCACUACAAAUAUUAAAUGUAUCAGAAACAGAGUUUAAUAAACAUGGUUUGGAAAUAGUGGUUGAGGACCUUCCCCUUCUAGAAAGUUUAAAUAUCUCAUGUACAAAAGUUGAUGAUAUAACACCGUUAAAAAAAUGUAAAAACCGUCUGAAGACCCUCAAUAUGUACAAUUUGAAGAUAAACGACAGUGCAAAUUUAAUUUCAGUAUUAUUGGAGUUAAAUGAAUUAAGAAAUUUAGACAUUUCAGAUGAAAAAGAUAUGCAUGCUCUUAAUUGUGUAUUAGGUCCUGCGAAACCAAAAAUAACAGACUUUUUAAAAGCUGUACAUUGCAUGCCACAUUUAAUUAGCUUAGAUUUAUCUGGUAAAGCUGAUAUAGAGCCAAAAGAUUUAAAAGAAUUUAUUAAAGCACAUCCACAUUUAAGGUUUUUGGGACUUGUAAGUACAGAUGCUUGUUAUGAUGACAGCUUAAUAAAUCCAGCAAACGAAGAUUAUAGACCCGAACUUGUUGUCAGUGGCACAGCAACAGAAUCACAAAUUUUGGAAGCUCUUAGGAGGUAUACAUGCAGACCACUUUAUCUUGAAAAAUGUUUAUUUAAUUUGUUUCGUUUAACACACAACUUCCUUGAAUCACGAGUCGAUGUUAUAAAAUUAAUAUUACCUGGAAUGAGAGAAUAUCCACAGGAAGUUCGGGUACAGGUGCCGUGUACUGCAUGCCUUUAUAAUCUCACCAAAGGUGAAUUUGCUAUUAUGAUUCAUCCAUCAAUACUUAAACAAGUUGUUGAAUUAACAAUGAUAGCUAUGGAAACUUAUCCAACUAACCAUCGACUUCAAAUGAAUACUUUAUUGACAUUAUGUAGUGACAGAAUUCUGCAAGAGGUUACUUUUGACAAAUAUAGAUGUGCAAAAUUAGUAUUAAAUUCCUUAUUAACUUUUGAUGAUCCCUCAAUGAAUCGUAUGUCUGUCGCUAUUUGCUCAUUACUAGCAGCAAAAAUAUCAACAGUAGAAACCUCUUUGCUUGGUGCUGAACCAAUGUACAUGUCUAAAUUACUCAAAAUGGUUAAAUCUAAAAUGGAAACUAAAUCAGUAGACAUAACAAUGAAAUUUACAUUAAGUGCAUUGUGGAAUUUAACUGAUGAAAGUGUUACAACAUGCGAAGUUUUUCUAGAUGAAGGUGGAAUGGAAUUAUGUCUUAAAAUGCUGGAAAAUUUUCAAAACGAGUCUAGUGUUGAAACUAAAGUACUUGGUUUAUUGAAUAAUAUAGCAGAGGUUGUUCAUUUAAGACCAAGGCUAAUGCAACCUAAAUUCAUCUCUAUGCUUUCUGUGCUGCUAACAUCAGCACACAUUGAUGUAUCCUAUUUUGCGGCAGGUAUUGCUGCACAUUUGCUUAGUGAUGGUCCACGUGCAUGGACCUCAAUGUUUACAGUUCCAACUAGAAAUGGAUUAUUAGAGCAAUUAGGUUAUACUGUAACUCAUUGGCAAACACCUCAAGGAGAAAUGGUUGCAUACAGAAGUUUCCAUCCAUUCUUUCCACUUUUACGUUGUUCCGACGCAUAUCCUGUGCAACUUUGGGCAGUUUGGGCAAUACAUAAUGUAUGCACAAAAAAUCCGAAACGUUAUUGCAGUAUGUUAAUUAGAGAAGGAGGAGUAGAGAUACUGAAAUACCUCGAAAGUACACAUACAGAGCAAACAGCAAAACCGCAUUUACAAAGUUUGUGUCGCUCAAUUCUUAAAACACUUGAAUUAAAUUCUUAACGAUCACUAUUGCCUUCCAAAACAAAAUUUGCGUACCAUGAAGUUGGUAUACUAGUCAAUGUUUAUUUCAAUGCAAUCUUAUGUCCUGUUCUUUAGACCAAAUAAUUCAAAUUAUUAUAUGAACACGGAUAAUUAUCAAAAAGGACUAACAUGAAACAUCAAGUCCAUAAUAUUGAUAUUAAACUCUGUAGACUUGAAUUGAGGACCUGAAUUAUGAAAUAUAGCUCUAUAUAUUAAUAAAACAUAUUAUGCAUAGACUUUAUAGGACAGCAUCGCCUUAUAUUAAAAAAAAAAAAAUAUAUACUUAUCGAAUUGAGUAACCUCCUCCUUUUUCGAAGUCGGUUAAAAAAGUACAUAUGUUGAAUACAUAGCAUAAGUUACAUUUAAAACCUGAUUAUUGUAAAAAAAAGUAUAAUUAAAUAUUUAAAAAUAUACAUUGAGCUUAGAAAAAGAAAAAUUUUAAAUGUUUUAUUGUCACUAUGUUUUUUAAUUGUUAAUUACAUUAUUAUGUCUAAUAAUAGUAUGCUUUAAAAUGGAUAAAUCGAUAUAAAAGAUAAAUGUAAUAAAUAAGUGCUAAUAUAUAAAGAAUUAAUUUAAUUAUUUGUUGUACACAACGCCGAUUAAUAUAAUAAAGUUAAAACUGUAACUAAUAUUUAAGAUUUCAGUCUAAUAAACUGAAUAAUUAUAUUAUUGUGAUAUUUGUAUGAUUAAUCGAAAUUUUAAAAGAAUUAAUUUUUAUUUGUCUCAGAAUUAAGCAUAUAAUGUAUUUUUUCGUGAUCGUGAAACAGUACUAACAGUGUUAGUCGAACUAUUCAAAAUCCAUAUAACUAAAUGUUAUUGGUGCUGACAUUGUGAACAAAUAGUAAUUAGAAUAGAAUCUCAUAAGUACAAUAUUCUUAAGAAAUAUCUUUUUUUAUUAUUAUAUAUAAGCGUUAUAAAAUGUAUUACUAAAUAUUUUGUUAUAUUACACUUUUAACAUUUUAAAUUCAGGUCUUCAAUUUCUUUUGUUAAUACUUACCAUCUUUCCAUUUAAUUGCAACAUCUUCAGAAAUCAAUUGUGCAUUUAUAUGCCCUUAGACAUAUGAAAAGAUACAAAUUUCUAAUAAAUAAAUAUGAUUAUAGCUAUUAUUAAAAUACUGCCAGUUGUACAAACAAAAUUUAUCUUUCCAAUGACCUUAACUGUUGAUUUUAAAUAUAUAAAGUAUCGAUUUAAACGCUGCUAGAUGUUAAUAAACGCAAAUCACUAAUCUAUUGAAUUUGACUUUAAUUUUAUAUGCUUUUUAUAAUAUUAACACAGAUAUAAAUAAAUCUUGAAAAUAGUGUACAAAAUUUAAGCCAAGAAAAUCUUUAUUGAUCACCCAAUCAUAUUACAUUUAUGUUACACUUAUAUCUUAAUUAUUUUUUCUCUUUUUUUUUCUUUUUAAUGGAACGUAAAAAUUGUUCGUGAAAUUUGUAUGAUUAUCACUCAAUUGAUGCUGAUGCUGCGCUGCACCUGCAAAAUACUUAGCGACAUGGAAGUAACGUUACGAAAUGUAGCUCGAUUAAUAUGUGAAAACUUGGCUCUCCUCCUAACAUCAUAGUAGUGGAUUAAUGGUUUAAAAACAUUUUACACGCGUCUUACAAAUUAGUAGCAAUGUGUUUGAGAUAAAAUUGAGGAUGUAUAGUUAGUAAUAAAUAAAUGAAAGUUGCUUACAUUAGUAUCAAUAUACGUCAUAUUCUAUAACAGAAUUAUAAGAACUUACAGUUUUAGCAACUUUCACUUACUAUGCAUACAAAAGUUACUAUUUAAAUUAUAGUAAUAUGAUAUUACUCUAGAUAUUUACAUUGCAGUUCAACUCUUCCCUUUACUUUCGAUAUUUCAGAUGCAUAUUUAAUUAUGUUUAUAUAACAAAAGAAAUUUUAUUGUUAAAUAAGUAUUAGAAAUAUAUAUUACAGGUAUUAAUAGUACAUUUUAAUAGUACCAUUUAAAUUACAUAAUUCAUCACUUUUACUUUUUUUUUAUCAUACCAGUAUCAGCCUUUAUACCAUACCAAAAAUAUUUCUAAAAUUAUUAUUGCUAUAUUAUAAUUUCUUAAAAUCAUUUCCUAAACUAUUAAUAUAUUUCUGUGACAUCAAGUAUACUACAAAGUUCUUCUUUAUACAAUUCGAUAUUAGCCUAAUAUAUUUUAAUGCUAUCAUCAUUAUUAUUAACAAUCAUUAUUUUUAUGCAAUUUAAAAUAUUUUUAUAUCUUUAUUAUUUUUUUUAACAGUAGAAAAAAUAAUUACAAAUUUUAAUAAAGUACAUGAAUAUACAAAUUACUCUUAAACAUGAAUGUCAAUUUUAAGACAGAGGUGAUUUGAUUUCAAAAAGAACUUUACUAUUAUUCUGACCAAUUUAGUAGUGUUAAAGUAUUACAAAUUGGAGAAACAAUGAGAAAGAGGAAAGUUAUCAUAUUGUGGAGGAUAUAAAAAUAAUAUCUUACAAUUAUACAUGUAGAGUAUAAAAAAAGUGACUAUUUAUUUUGAAGUGAAAUAAACCUCAGCUUUUCAGAAUACAUAACACAUUUAUGAUUAUAGAUAUAAUUGUAACAAAGAUUUCUUUUGGGACUGAAAUGACAUUUAAUGCAUUUUUCAUAAUAAGUUCCUGAAAAAUAAUAAAGGCUGAUACCAUAGAAUUCCUUAGAUUGCAAUAUAAAUGAGAUAAAAAGCAUAAUUGAACUGCAAUAGCAAAUUAUCGCUGAUCUACAUUUUUAAUAUUCAUAUGAAGAUUUAUUAAAUCAAAUAUGAUUAAUUGUGCCCAUCAUUGUCCAA